AAGAGUACUGUGCAGUUGGCAGUUAUAACCCAGUGUUUAACGUAGUAAGCAGUGUACGUACACUACGAUACACAGCACACAGAGCUUAUUGUCGUCAACACUCAGAAUUUCUUUUAAAAGUUAAUAUGCUGUCUUAAAAAUGGCUGAUUAUGUCUCGGUACUUCGAGAUUUGUCUGGUUUGACAGAAAAUGUCGUCAAGUACGAGCUUGAGUUUCUUGAGUACAUAAACAGUCGACCAUAUUACUACAGAGAACAUGUUGUAAAGAAUGCAAUAUACAGGUACGAAAAGUUGUGGAUUCCUUUCAUUAAAAACUUCUCUACUUCACAUUCAUCUGAUCUAGAGUUUUCUCCGCCUUUCGACAUAAGAUGGGUUUGGCACGUCCAUAUGUUGGCCCCGCAGAUGUACAUACAGGACCUCUCUGCAUCAGAAUUGGGUCGAACGAUAAACCACGAGAUUGGAGAACUUUUUGGAGUCAAGGAGAAAGAAAAGCGUUCUUUGACGAAAAGUCUUUGGAAAACAUUUACCAAGGAAUCAUAUAAUCUUGACUUUGAGGCUGGAAUGGAUUCCUUAAGAAUACCUAAAUAUAAAUCCAAGUUUAGAUACAAUAUUCUAGAGGCUAGCAAACGGCAACAGGAAUUCUUCUAUCAGGUUUCCUUACCUCAUUAUAAAACGUCAGAAUUUUUGGUGAAGUCAAUAAGGCGAUACGCUCAGUUCCUGGCGCUACAAAAGCUGUUUCCAGAUCAGUUUCUUGUUCCAUGUUAUGAUAUGGAUAUUGUCUGGCACACACACCAAGUUAUGCCUGUGAUGUAUGCAGAAGAUAUGCUACGUAUACUUGGUAGAAAUCUUGAUCAUGAUGAUUCUGUAAACGAUCGUACUCCGGGAUCAAAACUAUCAACGACCAGUCAAUCUACUGUUUCCCUGUGGGAGAAAACUUUCAAUGAGAAGUAUGCACAAGCAGGUGCAAUGUACCGUGGGAAACCUCCCAAUGGAAGGCUCAAAAGUUUAUCAACAGAACAAAAGGUUGAUCUACUAACUAGUGAGUUUGCUGACGUGUUGAUAACAAAUGUCAAUUGUCAAUUAGAAGAUUCUAAGUACGAGGAUUACGUGUUGAAGUCAGCAACAUUGCUCUUGAAAAAUAGGCGUGAACCUGGUAAUUAUUCUGAUGAAAAAUCUGUUGGGAGUUAUGCUUUCAAAAAUGGAGGUGAUCCAGGAGAUCUUCAACCUAUUCUACAAUCUAAUGUUACAAUAAGAGUCUGCAAAUUCUGGAUUCCACUCUUACGAUUUAGAUUGAAACUGGAAUCCCCAGAAAGACCGUUAUGCUGCUUGUCUCUGGGGACAAGAAUGAAAACAAUAAAUUCUAGCUCGGUUUCUUGUAAUAAAGAGCUUGAAACUGCGGGUGAUAAAUGUACAAGGUUUACGUAUCCAGAUGGUCCGGGUAUUAUCCUCCGUUGCAAUUUGUCCUUAUUGCAAAUGAGCAGAUUACCUGUUGACACAUGGUUUGGAGUGGAAGCUGGAGCUUUUUACGAUUGUAUAAUUCCUGAAACUAUUGAAGAACUAUGGGGUCCUAUUCCAUUGGAAAUUUUACCCCAGGGAAUAGACAACACUUGUCGAGCUGUCACCCACAGGUUAAUUAAGUUUGAUGAAGAGUUCUCUAAGAUGUCAGUUUUCAUCAUACACUCCCUACCUUUGGGACUAUCGGCUGUACAGGUUUUUGUUGGUGAUCAGAUGACAAUAGUUGGACAUACAGUAGGAGCUGCAACUAUAGGUCCUUUGCUACAAACUAUGAAGCUAGAUCAAGAGUUUAAGAAAACAGCUUGGCGAGCUAUGGUGCUGAAGGACAAUGAUGGGGAUGUUGGUAUCCUUGUGGCUGGCUGGGUAGGGAUAAUCAAGGGUGUUAAAGGAGUUCCACCUAAAGGACGCCAAAAAGGAAUACCUGGGAUACCUGGAGACCCUGGGUUCUGCAAGUUCCACUACCUAGAUCUUAGGAGUAAUUCUCAGACGUCAUUUCAAAUGCCUUCAAAUGUUGUAAAGUUAUACAGGUUUUCUUACGAGAAGUUUGUUGUUAAUUUAAGCAGUGGAGUCUUUGAAGCAAAAGCGGGUGAGACAAAGUUACUGGAAAAGAUAUGUCUGGGGUUUGCUGCCAGUACACUUUAUCUACUUGUACAACCCGUACCUGAUGAUAUUCAUAAAGUUAAAGCUCAGUGGGACAAGAAACCUAAACGAGUUAAGGCUGUUAAACCACCAUUCCUGGACAAUGGAAUGCUAAAACUGCUUCUUUUAGCUGGCUGGACAGAGAGACGAAAAAUUCCCUCAAACCGAAACUUGGCAAAACAGAAAAAAAGAUCCGGGUGCAGUGGUGGUCUGAUUAUGGCUGGUUGUUGGGGUUAUGGUUUUAAUGGUGGUGGAGCCUGGCUUCCUGUACAGGAGAAUGGAGACGGUGAAUUGGAUGGAGGGUUUGAUGUACCUUCACUAGGAGAUUUUGGUGUUGAAGAUGGUGGAUGGAUUGGUGGGGAUGCCGGAUGGGAUGGUGGCUUCAGUGGGGAAGGUGGUGAUGGUAUGGAUGGUGGUGAUGGAGGAUGGGGAGGCUGUGGAGGAUGUGGUGGUGGAGGCGGCGGAGGAUGGGGCGGAGGAGGCGGUGGAGAUGGAGGUGGUGGAGGAGGUGGUGGAGGAGGGGAUGGAGGUGGAGGUGGAGGAGGUUGUGGGGGUGGAGGAGGUUGUGGAGGCGGGAUAGCUCUGGUAGCAGCUCGAACUAUAAGUAAGGCUAGCAUAGCAGAUACUCUGGGAAUAGCUCUCGGAGCAGCUCGAACUGUAAGUAAGGCUAGCAUAGCAGAGACUCUGGGAAUAGCUCUGGGAGCAGCUCAAACUGUAAGUAAGGCUAACAUAGCAGAUACUCUAGGAAGCAGCUCAGUUCCUAAGAAAGGCUAA